AUGGAAACUAUAUAUACUGAUGGCGGUGGUGGUGGUAAUCAUCAAACAAGUUAUCAUGAAGAAUAUGAACUAUUAUUCGAUACUUUAAAACUCAUUUGGCAUAAUUAUAUGCAGGAGACUGCUAAUGAUGGCGGUGAUAUCGAUAUCAAACAACAUUGGUUACAACUUUUUCUAUAUAAUUUUCAGUUUUGUCAAAAGGAAUUGCUGGAAAAUGAGUCGUUUAAAAUCUUUUUCAAUCCAAUUCCCGAAGAACUUUGUUCCUAUCUAUUAGAACAAGUUUAUGAAAUAAUUAGUAAAUCAGAUUUAUAUGCACCGUCUGUGACAGAUUUGAAAACAACAAAAUCGGAUUUCGAAGAUAAACAAAACCAGCCACAAGAGAAAAAUAAACAGUUUUUGCAAUUACUCAAAAGAAAUCAUAAUUUUACCCAGCUUAUUUUGAGACAGCCCAGUGAUUGUAGUAAAAUAAUAGCUUUGCGUCAAUUUUUAACCCAUCAAUUGGGACAACAUUUAUUGCAUUUUUUGUUAAAGAUUGAUAUAAAGUUGGUCGCCUCACAAAAUGGCUUAUGUAAUCUAUGCAUAAAUCUUUUUCCCAAUUGUCCAUGGGAUCAGCAGAUUCAGCCUUUAACCGACGACUGUAAUAUAUUCGGUUUUAUCGGCAAUUUACAAUUGUUACAGAAAACAAAAAAUAAAAGCUUUACUGAAGAACAUGAAAAAGUUAUUGGCAGACAAUAUGAUCCCAGUGCCACACAACGUAUGCUGCGGGAAUUUCCUCAAACUUAUCAACAUUUUCAAAACCAAACAAAAACCAGUGAUGAAAUUGCUUUGCUUCUAAUUCAGCUACUAAUGAAAUGUAUCGAAAGCGAAGCACAUAGUGUACAUUCAGAUCAGUCGGUUUUCAUAUUGACACUCAAUUUUAGUUUGGAUUGCUUACGAGUGGACAAUCAAGUAUUUUCCUCCACACACAAUGCUGAAAUUAUAAAAUCUUAUUUGCUGAAAUUGAAUGAGAUGUGUCUGAGCAAUUUGUUUGCUCUUACCGAACAUGGACUUAACGACAUACAAUUCCAGUGUAUUUUUGCCAAAUUAAUUGCCGCCUUGGAAAGUAAUGCUGAGACGCCGAAAUUGCUCUAUGCCCUAAUAUAUCUCAUAUUUGCCAUUCUUCACAAUGUGGUGUGCAUCUAUACACAAAAGUCAUUAUGGAAUUCCAAAAUAAAUUUAUAUAAUUUAAAAUUUAUUGAUGAAACGGUAAUAGACACCUGUCUUUCGACCCUUGAUGAUUUAUUGAGACAUCACAAACCCGUAGAACAACAUGUGGGCGAGGAGUUGGAGCGUUUGUUUCUAAUUAUAUUUCGUUGUCUUUUGAAGAUUAUUGAAAAUCUCAAGAAAUACGACCAAUUCCUAUCUGCUGCAUCCGCGCACAACUCGUAUUCCAAUCACAAUCAACAUAAUACGGUUAAAAUACGCACAGGUCUCAGUCAUCGUAAAAUGAAAACUAAACAAUUGCAUUGUUUGUCUUCAUUGCCGAGAUUAACCUGCUACUUUCAGAAUAUAGUAAUUACUUUGUUACCAACCCUACCCAAGGACUUGCAAGAACACUCAAUGCUGUAUUUGGCGAGAUCCGGUCUGUGCUGUUGUCAUUACAAGUUGUCCCUUUGCAACACAAUACUGAAUUCGAUUUUCAAUUUAUCAACAUAUUAUCAGAAGUGUGCCUAUAAAUUUUUAUAUUACAAAUUAAUAUCCACCAUAUUUCUAAGAUGUCCCCUCGAAAUGGCAACAACAUCGAAAGCUAGCAUGGAUGGAGGUUGUUCCAAAUGUGAUGUCAAAUUGAAAUCGCCCGAAUUUCAUGAAGGCCUACUGCAAAUCUAUAAAACAUUUUACGGUAAACUUGUACAUAAUGUGGAGGAUUUAACACAUCUAAUAUUUUUCUUAAAACAUCUGAAGCAUUUGUCACAUCUGUUGACAAAUGACAUUGCUUCUGGGAUAUUAGCUGAAAUAGUAUUGCCCAUAUUUCGAGAUUACAAAAUAAAACUAUUUGCCAAAAAGGAUGCAAUUAAUCAUUCUCCACAGCACACAUUAAAAUUUUGGCAAAGGACUUCAUCCUCUAACAAAACUCCAAAGAACAUUAAAGGUCCACCAGAACUGCACUUGAUUAUAAAUCACAAUGACACCUGUCUGAAGGAGGAAUACAACAAACUGUUAAACGAAUGCCUUAACAUCUUUACGAUGUAUUUAAGAGAUAUACGCCUAAUCAAAGCCUUCUACAAUGAGGAAAAUAUUCGACACUUAGAAGACCUUUUAAAGGAACCAUUUCUCAUAAGAGGAGUUUGUGAUCUCAUUAAGAUUGGAAUUGAUAAUAUAACAUUUUUGGGUGAUACGAAUCAGGAGCAAUCUAUAUUAAGUCGAAGGCUGAUAACGUUACAAUUUAAUAGUUCCGAAAGGGCACAACUCUUGUUCAACGGUCUAAUCCAUAGAGUGAAACAAUUGAAUACAAGCUAUAGCAAAGACUUUUGGUUAGACAAUGCCAACACUGCUGGAACUCCGCACGAGGACAGUGAUCUCAAAUUAAAAACUGUGGAUAUUCUACACAUUGUCGCACUGCAAUGGACUCUAAAUUAUGAGCUGCUCAAAACUAGUCAAUAUUUUUACAAUGAAUUUGCCAAAAUCUACUCCAUUUCCCACGAGGAAGACGAAGAGGAGGAACCAAGUCCAAGAGAGAAUGUUGAUGAUGAGUCAUCAAUUAGUACUGAAAUUAAUUCCAAUAUAACGCUUAAACCUGGCGAUAAGACAAUUUUAGAUAUACUACAGCUAAAUUGUAAUGCCCUGAAUGCUUUUCUAAUGCUGGCACCCAAAAAGUGUUGCCCCAAAAAAAUUAUCGUCAGUAAAGUAAACAAAGAUUUCGAUUCUUCAUGGGAAUUAAUAGAAACCUUUAUUGAUUCAAUUCACAAACCAACAACAACGUUGUCAAUUUCUAGUACAUCGUCAUCGGCAUCGACGAUAGACAGCAACGCCACAACCACAAGACUUUUAUUUGAAGAUUUAACGUUUAGUACACAUUCAAGUGCAUCACAAAUAACAUCACAUUUAAGCAUCGCGGAUUUUACACAUUUUAAUGAACUGAAUAAUUUUUCGUUUCUGAAACAAUUACAACAACGCAAAGGGUUAGAAUCCUUUACGCCAAAUAAUUCGCUCGAUGAAAGUAUUAUUUUAUUUGACAUAAGAAAUCACAGUCAAAGUUCAGCUAAUGACCGCCAGCAACCCAAAAAUACAAAUGUGUAUUAUUACAAGUAUUGUUCUUCUGCCAGUGACCCUAACAGCACACUAAAAAGCCACACCGACGCCUUUUUACUGAGCAAUGAAUCGGAAAACGAAGGAAUUCUAAAUAAGCUUUUCCACAUUUUCGGUUCAAUAUUCACUGGUAGUCAUUCAAAUUCAUUUGUGGACUUGGAUAAGAGCACAUCAUCGUCGCCAGCACCACCAGCCGUAGCGGAUAUCGACAUUGAUGAAGAUUUGCAGCCACUGUUUGACACACACGGUGAUUGUAAGAAGUUGUUGUUGAAAUUAUUUGAAGCUACAAUGGCCAUUUGUGUAAAGGGCUAUCAGAAUGAAGAAGUAGAAAAAAUGCAAAAACAUUUGCGCAAAUUAAAAAUGGUUAUACUAGCGAAUGCAGCCAAAAAUUGGGAACAGCAUGCCGAAGAACAUAAUCGUGAAAAUACAGUUUUGCAAACAUUACAAUGCCUACUUAAAAUUGCCGAACUUUCCAAUAUGAGUAAUGAACCCGCAGCUGUCGUAACAAGUACCAGUGUUUUAACAUCAGUUACCGCAGAUGAGCAUACACAACACAAUUUGGAUUUGAGCACAAGAAGAAAAUCAUGUAAUAGUUCACGUGUCUGCGGUCAAUGGAUAUCAUAUAACUAUCCAUUGUUAUCUACCGGACUACCGAGCAAAAAUACUCUGGCAACUCCCAUUACACCCUCACAACCCCGACCACUUUCAGGCGAAAGUGGUGACGUUGAUUAUUUCUCAACAAGAGCUUCAAUGAAUUGUCCUGACAGUGAAUUGGAGCUAAGCGAAAACGAUCAAGAUGAUUUCUAUUUAACCGCCGACGAAGGAUAUGAAGCUGAUGGUGAAAUACAAGAUUUAUCCGAAAUGGAAGCACUUUCAGAAGUUGGCGAUCUAUGGCAUUCAUUCCAGCCGUCUUCACGUUAUCGUACACAUAUCCUACACGAAGGCAUUUGUCGUCUGGUCGUUGACAUUCUAAUCGAACUUAGUCAAAAAUGUUGUGAAAGUCCGGUUUCCGGCUGGUGUGAUAAUUUAGCACAAUUGGUGAAUCGUCUAUUUGUGAUACGCGAAUAUUUGGGUGGUCCACUAUUUCUUCUUAAAGGAUUUGCUCCGAUUUUGAAGUGUAACGACAUUCGUCUACGGGAACUGCAGCAGUGUAUAUUGGAAUUAAUAGUCGAUUUAAAUUCACCAGAAGUUCUAACCGUAUUUUUCAGUAUAUUAUCAUCGAAAAAUCCUCCUGUCGAUAUUUUGGUUAAAUAUAUGCAUUACAUAUGCUCAAAUACGUUGAAAAAAUGUCCAGCAAGCGUAGAGUUGGAAUUUCCCAUCGGUAAUGAUGAAAUAUGUGUAUCUACGGCUGAAAAAGAACCAACAGAGGCCAUUGAACGUAUACGAUACUAUCACUUAUCACGAAAAGCAUGUACACCAUUAACUCGUUCCCCGUGUAUUCUGCCCUUAACACACACUCGUUUAUGGACACCUGAAGGAUUUACAAUUUCAUUUUGGCUAUUUGCAAAAGGAUCGCAGAACCACAAAAGUGCCAGUCAAAUAAUUGACGAUGAUACACGGUCAUCAAACGACAUUUAUACGAAAACCCAUAUCAUAUCGAUUGGUACUAAUCAAGCCAUGUUGAGCGUAUUUUUAAAUAAUAACUUACAUUUGGUAUUUGAAACGUGUAAACCGAAUGCAGAAACAAUACGCAACACCAAUGUGAACAUGGAUGAAACUGCAUCCGAAACAAAACAGGAAUAUGCUGCAUGUAAAAAUCCCACACUAAGUCCAGAAGUGAAACGAAAUCGAAGAACGAACAACAUUGAAAGUCCAGACAUGCUGGAAUGUCAUGAAAUGGAUGUGUUUUCUGCAAAAACCCACACACCCUCACCAAUUUCUAAGGCAUUGAAGCAAACCAAAAAUGUCAUACUCAAUAGCUUUAGUAAUAUGCAUUUGUUCAACGGACACUCGGAAUCGCCCGAAUACUUUGAGAGUGCCCAGGUGGAUUUGAAACAAUUUCGCAUGAAUCGUAAUAAAUGGACACAUUUCACAAUAGCCGUUGAAAUGGUUAAUGAUUCUUUGGAGUUGUGCGUGCACAUAGAUGGCCUGGAGCAAUAUCGGCUUUCCCUGCAAUUCAAUAAUAUACGUUUGCUAACACGAACUCACACCUUCCAGGCAAUUGCUUUAGGAGAUGGUAUUGUUUCGAAAUCUCCCAAUACUACAGAUUUUACAGGAUCACGUUCUACAUUGGAUAGUUUCCCGAUGCAUGUGUCAAUGACAAACCUAAUGCUGUUCAAUCGUUCUAUAACUUUAAAAGAUGUAAUAUUAAAUCUCACUGCUAUGGGUCCAGAUUUCAAUGAGCUAACACAAUGUCAUGUGGCCAAUUUAAAGCCCAAUUAUGCAUAUCUUAAUUUUUCGAAAUUGCAAUCGGCAUAUUUUUGUAAUUUUGCGGAUGCAAUGAAAUUGUUACGUGAAUCAAGAAUUUUAUCUUAUUCGGCUUCGCAACCGGAUGUUGUAAUGGCCUAUGACACCAGCAUGGAAUUGGAUAAUGUUGCAUAUGGUCGUCAAUAUGGUAUUAUGCGUUAUGGUGAAUUGCUUUGCAAUGAACUUCAGUCUAUACAAAUAUCAACAAUCCUUUGUGGUGGUCUAUCGAAUCUACUAUACCUAUUCGCAAGGACUGUCGAAUUAACACCGAAUCCGACAACCCAAGCAUUGUCACUGGACAUCUUAUUAACAGUGGCAUUUUCAGAAUCACAGCUAUAUACCGAAUUUCAACGAAACGAUUAUAUCAGUCUCAUAGGGUAUGUCAUAAAAACCGAUAAAUGUAGUAAAGAUUGUCAAUUGCUUAGAAGUAUUGUAAAUAAUGCUUGCUCACAAACCUUGAUAUUGAAGAAAGGCGAUACACUGCAUAUUAACGAAACGACAAUAGCUACUGUAAUCUAUCCCAAAUUAUUGAUAUCUGUAUUACAUCGAUAUUCGGAUUGGCAUCGUUCUGGAGCAGAAAAUUCCGAUGUCUUAGAUAUGCUUUUCCAUUGUAUUCUUGCAUUGACACGAGAGAAACAUCCGCAAAGGGAUUUCAAUAUCGAACAAUUCAAUAAGGAAGGUCUAAUGAGAGAACUUUUAAAUUUGUUCAAAGUCUAUGUCAUAGAAUCGCCAAAUCCGGUAUUUAUAUCGAAAAAGGCAGCUGAAGCUUUUGUUGGUAUACUUUCGGUAUUUGCGGGCUCACCACCAAAGCCUAGUUUAUUGGAUGAAAUAAUGAAAUUACUCCUUUUGCUACAUAAACCCAGUGAAUGCUAUGUAACACACGACCGUUCCAAAUUCUAUUUCCUGCUAUCCUCAGAAAAACCAAUAAAGGAAAAAUCAUCUCUUAGUUCAGCAACGAAUUUUGGUAGAAAUUUUAAACAGAAUUUGACAAGGAGAACUCAACCUGGUGUUGCUAAACCAUUGGAACAAAUAAAUCUCAACUCAAAAUCCCAGUCAAAUUCAACCAAUAGUACUGAUAGCGAUACAGCUAGACAAGCUCGUAUUAAUCGCCUAAGGAAACUUCAUAGAAGUGUGUCGUCGUAUAGAAAAUCCCUGGAUGAAUUUGAAGAGAAUCUAGAUAAUGUGGCCGAUUGUUCCAAAUUAAAUAAGAAUGCUUUGCGCCUCGUUAAUCCUGAGGAAGCUUUAAAAUGGCGUACAAAAUUUAAGAAACAAAAAAUUGGCAAUUUCUCUGGCCAUAACACCCAUGUUGCUCCAACGGCACAUAGACAAUAUCGGAGUAAUGCUAGAGCGCAUCUACAUUACUCAUCGCCACGUCACAAAAUAAGGCGUAGAAGAAUCCGUUUGAAUGACAUGUCAUCGAAACGCGGGAUGGAUAUAAUAGAAACACCCAGAAAAUCGAAUAGCAGCAGUGGACAUUCAUUGGCAACACCUUCAUUUUUGGGAAACUUCUGUGAAUAUCCAAAUUUCAGUGCAGUUUUCAGUUCUAAGUCAAACCUGCAAAAUCGUAAACAUAGAACAUUGAUCAAAACCGAUUCGUACAGUUCUGUGGGUAUAGCAGCGUUGCAAAGUGGUCUUUUACUUCUACUUAAAGAUUUUCUGUGUCUCCUUCCUGAUAAUGAUAUCGAUGACGUACUGCAUCAUUAUAUAAAAGUUGAAUUCUUACUAGUGUUGGCAAACCAUCAAAGUUCAAAUGUACGCUCAGCCGUUAUAAAAUUAAUGGGCUCUCUAACACAGCGCCUGUAUCCACAAGAUAUUCAAGCUUGUACUAAGGCAUAUUAUCCUCAUCAUUUAGCCAAUCAAUUAGCAAUUGGCCUGUGUGAUUGUAGUAUGUUUGAAUCUUGUUUGGAAUGGGUUUGUGGAACCCUGGGAUCCCUACAGAAUAUUUUGAAAUGUAAUGUUCCAUUGUCGAUUCAACAACGUUUUGGUUUAAAUGCUCUAUUAGCUAUUGCAUCGAAAUCCGUUGCAUCAAGUACGUGCCAAACUAAUUUCAGUGAAAAUGCUUUUAAAAUACUAAAACGAUUAUAUGAAGGAGAAUCGGAUGACCAAUUGGCUAUGAUUGAAGCUGGCCUCAUUCAAUGUUGUGUUAAGGCGUUAUAUUAUCUAUAUGCAAGAACAACACCCUACAAUAUCAAGAUUGAGAAUUCCAUUGCUGAAACACUAACAUCUAUGGGGAAUAUUUCGUUGAGAUCAAUGGGACACAUUAAUAUCAUUUGGGACAUAAUAAAUGCCUUAUCAUUUUAUCAAGAGAAACAGCCUCAAAACAUUAUCAAAGGUUAUCGAUCGAUAUUGGCAAAGCUACUAAUGAACUGGUUAAAUGGAUUUUUCAUGCCAACAAACGUUCCAUGGAAUUUUAAAGUUCAACAGCUUUCAAAUUUUUCAAUGUCGGAAACAAAAACUAGACUGGAACUUUUAAUUAAUCGCAGCUGUCAAUUUUUCAUGAUUUUCAAUGAAAAAUCUACGCCAACACAAAAUGAAAUUGAAUUAUUUCAAAUGUUGGUCUCCUACAGUAUUGCCACAAAUCAACGUUGCAAUAAUUUCAUCGCAUGGGGUUUACAGCCAUCACAUCCACGCGAUUUGCGUUGUUUUAUCGUUGAUGCCUUAUGGAUUUCGUGUCAAGAUGAUUUUUUGCCCGCCAUUAUAUGUGAUGGAAAGAUGAUCAAAGCAUUGCUAUGGUUGAGUCUUUUAGAAGAUCUAGAUGAGCCCAUCAGCAACUUGCCGAAGUUGUGUAAACGUUUGGGCAUCAAUGAAAAUGAUUCAACAUGGAACCUGGAAAAUGAAUUACAACGCAUAGAGUUGCAAAAAUCAGCAGAAGUUGCAAAGCAAAAAACAUCGUUAGAAAAAACUGUCCACCGUUUUGAAGCAUUGGCAUUGGGUUGUAUAGAAACUUCUAUGAUUACAACCAGAAGAGUAGCAGAAUUACAGAAUUCUGAACGUAAAUUAAUUAUGAAUCACAUGAAGGAUUACGAUGAUACUCACUACUACAACAAAUGGUUAGAAAUUGUCAGAAGGAUGACUCACGAGGGUGCUCCUUGGUUCAGUGAGCAUAACAGUGAAAAUUCUUGGGAAUUGGAUGCAACUGAGGGACCAUCGAGAGUUCAUACGCGCCUCAAACGCUGCCAUUUGGAUCUCGAUAAACGCUUUUUUAUGCAAAGCUAUGAUGAACCGAGCAAUGACACCAUCCAGUGUAAAAAAUCGAUUACACAGCGUUCAGAAUACUCACGACCAUUGGAAUAUCUCAUCUCCAGCUAUGACCAGCAAUUGAACAUAUCAUUAAAUUCACAAAUUCUUUAUAAUUUCCCUGCCAAAUUUCUACCAGUCGAUGGAGAGAUAGAUGGAGAAAUAAUUGUGACUGACCACAAACUAUACUUUUUGGCUACAUAUCGUUGUAAAUAUUUCUAUGUGAACUGUGAUAUAUCAAAUAUAACAGAAAUUUGGCUUAAACGCUAUCAGCACCAGGAGAAAGCGUUCGAAAUAUUUCUGGAUACAAAUCAAUCGUUAUUCUUUUCGCUACAAAAUCAAGAGGAUUGGAAAAUAAUGCGUGAAGUGUUCUGUGAUAAAAUUGUCAUAACACCGGAUCAAAACAAGGUGCUGUUAAUAACCCAACAAUGGCGAGAGGGUUUGUUGACCAAUUGGGAAUAUUUGAUGACAUUGAAUCAAAUUGCAGGAAGAACAUAUAAUGAUCUCAUGCAAUAUCCAAUAUUUCCAUGGAUAUUAUCUAACUAUACAUCAGAUAUUUUGGAUUUAACAGAUCCAAAAAAUUUCCGAAAGUUGCCAAAACCAAUUGCCGUACAAAAUGAAGAGAAUGAACAGCAUUACAUAAAUAACUAUACGUACAUAAAGAAUACAAUGACAAAUAUGGGUUCAAUGAUAUUAAAACCCUACCACUAUAGUUCACAUUAUUCCAAUUCGGGAACUGUAUUACAUUUCUUGGUAAGAGUGCCUCCCUUCACCAGUUACUUUUUACGAUAUCAGGAUAACAACUUUGACAUACCCGAUCGCACGUUCCAUGCUCUAAGUACAACAUUCUGUUUGGCAAGCAGAGAUUCACCGACAGAUGUUAAAGAAUUAAUACCGGAAUUUUUCUGUUUACCCGAAAUGUUUGAGAAUUUUGAACGUUUUAAUUUCGGUUGUCGACAAAAUGGAGAACGUGUUGAAGAUGUUUCCUUGCCACCAUGGUGUUUAAAAGAUCCAAGACUUUUUAUUUUAAUACACCGUCAAGCAUUAGAAUCGGAAUUGGUGCGAAAUAAUUUACAUCAUUGGAUUGAUUUAAUUUUCGGUUAUAAGCAAACGGGAGAUGCAGCUGUUGAAGCGAUCAAUGUAUUCCAUCCGGCGACUUACGCCGUAUUCCUUAAAUCUGAAAUUGAAGAUCCCAUCGAACGUGAAGCUGUUCAAACUAUGGUGAAAACAUAUGGACAAAUGCCAAAGCAAUUAUUUAAAAUACCCCAUCCGCCAUCAAAACAUUUAGCAUAUCAGUGUGAUAAACAAAUUCUGCCAAGUGUUCACGGGUUGAGGUGGGGCGUUUAUGUCGGCUCACCACAAUUACCCGAACCUCUUUUGGGAAAUACCCACAAGCUCAUUGGUGCUGAAUAUUUGUUAUCCUUCAAUAAUACCAAUGUUGUGUACGGUCUACCGUCACGUUCUUGUGUUAUGCAGGGUGCAGAAAUGGAUACGUACAAUGUAAUUUCCUGGGGCUACGAUGAUCGUAUUGUCCGUAUACAACCGUUAAAUAAACUGAAUGCCAAACCGAAAAAUUUAUUAUAUAAUAGUACCUUCGAUGACAUAACAGCGUGUGGCUGUGAUCCAAAUUCAAACCAACUUUGGUUUGGUCACAAAUCUGGACGAAUUUCCAUCUAUAAAUGUUCAAGUAUUGAGGCAAAUUUGAAAAGCGGAAAAAGUCGCCAAAGCUACGUCAAAGAUAUACGGUUUUCCUAUAAUUCUGUAUUUCACAAGAUUAUGAGUAAAGCCAUGGAUUCUGAUGUUGAUUUAACAUCGUCCACUGCAUCGGCAAAUUCAUUGAGUUCCUCUGAAAACAAUUUACACAAAGAUGGAGCCGAUUUAUAUUGGACUGGUCCAACAGUAUUAAUACGACACACAGAUGAAAUAACAUGCAUUACAUUGUCGGUGGAAUUUAAAAUUGCUGUGACUGCGGGAAAAGAUGGUAUUGCGGUAAUUUGGGAUCUGAACGAUUGGAGUUAUGUACGAACAAUUGAAAGACCCGCCGAAAUUCACCACUCACCCAUAACACUAUUGACUAUAAGUCAUACAUUAGGUGACAUUGUUACCGUACAUACAUUAACGCAACCAUCGUCGCAACAGCAACCAAAUCAAAUCACAAUAGACACAUCAACGCCACAUACGUCUAUGGCAUUCACAUCACCACAAGUGCCGACAUCACCUCAGCCAUUAGCCGAUGAAUGUUUUGAAGUUACCGAAGAAAAUCUAGAUGAUUUUGUUAAUGUCUGCAUCAAUCCCAAUGGAAAGUCAAUAUUACGUUUGCAUUCAGUGAACGCUCGAUAUAUACAACACUUUGUACAUGAAGAUCGUAUAACAGCUGUUUGUUAUUCCUACAUCAAAGAGGGUGUUGGUGUUAAUGUAAUUGCGACCGCAGUGGAAGGUGGUAUUGUUCGUUUAUGGUCUAGUUGGAAUUUAAGUUUUAUUACAGAAAUCGUAACCGGUAUAUCGAACAUAAAAAGCCUUACAUAUUCAACACACCAACAUUUGGUUGUACUAACUGAAAACUCCCACAUUCAGGUUUGGGAGACAAUAGGACUGUGUGGCAAUUCUCCAAAAUUUCCGCAAAUAGCAUAUAAAUAAUAUUAGAAAGGUACUU